CCUCUCUUCGUUUGGAAACCUUUCCAUUGCUCGAAUACCUUCCUGUCAUUGAGAGCACAGCAUAAGUCUACAAAAAUACGACUACUGCGGAUCAUCCCUCGUCGGGAAUGUUUACCAUUCUUACAACUAUACGAAAUCGAAAUCGACUUGCAUUACCGACCAUGCACACAGGAGAGAGCCCAAUAGCUCCGCCCGCUCCCACCUCUCCAAACCGUCCCAGGCGGCCUUGGAUAUAUGAUAGACAAUCCCUCUACACAGACCUUUCUACUUUCCAACAACAAUCCAGUCCGAUGAGACCACUUGCCCUCCGCACUCUCUUCAGGAACACACCAUCUCUACGACAACUCAGUGGUAAUAUACAAAGACCCACUCCGAUCAGACCACGACCCAGCCCAAAUAGUAGUGCUCGGCGUGCUCACUCUCGCUACACGCCACUAGCGGCUCGUCCCAGCCUAGGGAGGCGUUGGUCCGUCGACCAACUCCCCAGAAGCCCUCUCUACACCGACCUCCGCCAAAUUAGCGAAGUACCUGGAGAAGACGAGGAGGGCGAGUACGUCUCUGACCAUGAAAACGGUGGAUACCGCUGGCAAGCAUGGCCCCGCUUGCGGGACCUUCGCAUCUCGGGCGAUGAGAACCGAGAAUGGGCCACUACCGCGAGAUACUAUCCAGAGCGGGGUCCAAGGUCAAGCUUCGACGAGAACUGGCCCGAGCUACCCCGUCCGCGUAGCAGAACGGUGAUUAGACGGCCGGAGAAUACUGUCACCGCUCGCAACUUUUACUAUGAGAGCCGUGAGAGGAUGGGGUAUUCCCAGAUCCCAGCAGAACUGGAAGUAGAUGAUGGUUCCGCCGUGCACACGGAUACGUCUUUCAUUCGCCCGCUAGACCCACAUGCCCCUGUUACUACUCUGCGAGGAGCUCUGGCCUCCAUGCUUCGUCGUGAGCGUCGUGAGCGUCGUGAGCGGGCUGAGCGGGUUGAGCGGGUUGAGCGUAUGCGACAGCUAGCGGUUGCACGAGACGGCGACAUUGGGUCCGGUUUACCCCUAGAGGGCUUACACAUCGCAACAGACCUCUCGUACACCAAGCCGAUAGAAGAAUCCGUGAAGGCCCCCUCUGAGCCCAUCGACCAGGCGGAGCUCAUUUGGUUCAAGUGCGGGAGUGGCGAGAGGGAGUGCUUUGACUAUAUCGGGGGGUUGGUGGGGACGACGCGGAAGUUGUACUCGGCGAUGUUGAGAAAGGAGAUGAUACUGGCGUGCUCGAUUUGUCAGUGGGAGCUGCAUGACCGCGUGCCGGAGGUUAAGGUGUUUUAUAAUGGGGGCGAGUUCUCGGGGCAGGGGAAUGAUUGUGGGCAUUUGAGGUGGAUGUUGAAAGCGCGGCGGGUGCGGAGAGAGAUGAAGGAUGGGGCGGGGUUGGAACCGUUUCCGGAUUUUUAG